UCCUUUCGUUUUGUUUUUGUCGGUCUCCGUGCCGCGGUGCAGACUGUGCUGUCACAUUGGAGAGGGAGAGGAGAGGGAGAUAAAAGCAGAGUUUUUUGUGUAGAGCAGUGAGAAGGGUACAGGAGGAGGCAGAAGAGCGGUGAGGGGAACUGCCUGCUGCUCACUCCCCACUCCCGCCGUCUCCACUUCUUCCACCUCAGUCCUCACCACCUGCCCCCUCUGGCUCCGAUUCCAUCCUCGCAAUCUUUGUCUCCAUGGUGAACUAGUGGGCCGAAUCUUGGAUCCAGCCCUAGACCUUGUCGCGCGGGGAUGGAUUUCGACGGCGCCAUUGGUGAUCAGGGGUGAGCUCUCUUACCUCUUUGGUCUAUGCGUGAAUCAGCGUCAUACGGCGAGAGGAAGAAGAAAAGUGAGAUGUGGGGAUGGCAAAGUCAGGAGUAUGAUCUGCAGAAAGAUUUGUUAGCUGAUCCCACUAGCAGCUUGUGGGGUGAAGCAAACAACAAUGUGGGUGAUGCUUGGAGCAUGUUCGAUGAGCAAACUCCAAUAAAACAUUGUACGGACAUAGAAUUUCAAUUCUGUGAUAUAGGAGAUAUCAUCAUCAAGGACUUUGAUGAAGGGAAGGAAACUUUACAGGCUAAACGUAGACGAAUGCUUCAGUUCUGUCCAGAAAAUGUUGAGAUGGACUGUCCUAUGACUGAAGAUGGGCUUUCAGAAAGUCUGCAAGUGAAUAUGGAUUUUUCUGGUGUCGAGUGCUUAUUAAACUCUGAUGGGACAGAUGAACUACCAGAAGAUUGGCUAGUUAAUUGCACGCAAGAUAGUGUGGCUCAUUGCCCACCUGAAGAAAUGAAUAGCCCUCCUGCUGCCAUGGAACAAGCCAAUAUCUCUGUGCAUGCGAAUUCUUUGUCCUGUGAACAAUCUAUCGUGGUUUACAACAACCCUGCGCAAGUUCGACCUACACCUCUGAAAGCUGGUAAAAGUGUUAUUAGAGGAAAAAAGUUGAGAACAUCAGUUGCCUUCCCUUUCGAGGUUAUCAAGCCAUGCAGUUUCCAUGGUGACGUCACGUUGAAUGACAUAAACAAGAAAAUACAUGCCCCGCCGCCGUACAAGAUAAAGCAUAAGAAUGACGAGGAGCCAAACUUGCACCAAGCUUCAGCUAUAUCCGGAAAACCUGUAGUCCACAAGACGAAGAUCCACACUGAAGGGGGAAAGGGAAGCAUCACGAUCACAAGAACGAGAGGCUAAGCGGGCCAUUGCGAUGCAAGUGUGGUGCCUGGUAGGAGAUUCGCGUUGCAUUUCUGGCGUAAGGGUUUGUCCCAAUUGAUUUGUGGCCAAAGAAAUGCAUCCGCUUAGUAGAAUGAUUGUAGGUAUAGCACUUCCCCUAUCUGGGAUCAUUUGCCUGUGCCUGUAUGUUAGAAUGAUAGCGCGUGCGUGUGUAGGGGUGUGGCAAGUGUGCUUCUCUUUGGUUGAUGUUUAAAGGCGGAAUAGCUGAUGUUACCAGAUAGAUAUGGACAUAUUGGUUUGGUGAGAAUGUGAGGUAUAUAAUCUGCAAGCAAGUUCUGAGCUUCACAGUCAGAACUUCAUUUGUUA